GUGGUAACGAAGCAUCGCAGAAGAGUAAAAAAAAUAUAACAACCAACGCUCGAGUAAAUAAACAAGCACCGUGUGGUGAAGUGAAACACUUGGACCCAAAACCCUGACGGCAGUGUAGUGGUUUAAAAGUGAGAAAGAAUUUCUGGCGACAGUUACAGAACGCAAACGCAUUUGGUGCCCCAAGCACGGCGAAGCCAGUCCACGUCCAAUAAUUACUGUGGAAGUGCAUUAUUUGACCGCCGCGAGUCCAACGGUGUGCUGAUGCAUUCGUUGGUCCGAAAUUAAUAAGCGAGGUCCGGCUGAAAGGCGAACGAACGGAGAAGACGAAAAGCAAGUGAUGCUGUUUUGUGUGAUCUUGACGUUUGCGCUUCUGAGUGCGGUCGUCAUUUAUGCCAUUUUCACCGUUGCCUUCUGGUACUGCUGCGAAGAGUGAUGGACAGGUCCCGACAGGGUCUUGAAUCGGCCACGUGACACCGGUGCCACCCGGUGGGUGUUGUUCAGUCCGUGCCGUAGUGAAGAAGAAACAUAAUCAUUAGACGAUUGAGUGGGAUAAGAGAAGACGAGUGACGGGUAGUAAAGAGAGAUCUUCGGAAAUAACGGUCGAUUCGUUCGAGAAAAGUUUUUUUUAACGGUGCUUUUGAUCUGGGUGGUUUCAGUGGUGUCCUUGGGCCCGUGGCCAUGCCGGGUUGGAGCUGUGUUAUUGCUAUUUUGAUUGAAGGCGAUUUAAAGCGGUGCUCAAUGUUUCGACAAAUCUUCAGUGAUGUUUGAUUGGAUGGAGGUGAGCUUAUUCAACCGAUGCCUGCAGUAGCGAUGACCCGAUGCACGCCCUGAAAACCCGACAGCAAUGGAAACUAUCAAAAGUCUGCUGCUGCAAUCGACAGCCACCAGUACCAGCUUCGAUGACCUCCUUAAGGAUUACCAGGUGCCAUUCCGCAUCAAUUCCGCUAGCGACACACUUUUGAACUCAACCCCCGGUCCCACUGCCACCGCCACCAGCAAUGCCGAUUUCAUUGCACCACUGCCGAGCUGCAAGCAGCCACCUGUUAUCGUGGGGGUGGCAGUGAAGCGAAACCUCAAAAAGCAGGACCCAGCGGAGGAGGAAAACCUAGUAAUAACACCAAGAACAGCAGACACCACCAGCCGAAGCCAGAUCGAUACGCUGGAAAAGUGGCACAAUGACAUAUUUGAUUUGGGCAGGGACAGCAGCAGUUGCAGUGACAGUCGAAGUAACGAUUGCAACAAUAACUCCAAUCAGCUGCUGGUGGAGGUGGAUGACGGCGAAGGGGAUCUGAUUGAUUUCAGUACCGAGAUUGAGGUAGUUCCUUUGCUAUCUCAGCAAGCUGGGAAGCCGAAAGUGAAGAAGGUGACGUUUCGGUUGGACGAUCUACUGUUUGGUGGGGAAGAGGAAACGGAACAUGCUGGCAGUGGGGGUGACAUUGAGGAGUUGAUAAAUGAUGAAAGAGAAUGUGCAAUAACAAAGGAAGGUGAAUGGGAUGUAAGCGAUACCGAUGGAAGUCGUUGGGGGUGGCAACGGGUGGCAGUUGCUUCCACUGGUGGUAAUGAAAUAUCAACAGAGACUAUGCAAACAGAUGACACUGUUUCUAUUGCGGACGGUAGUGGUCACGCUGCCAGUGUGCGAAAAGUGAUAGAAGAAAAGGAAUCGGUUGAGUGCGCAUGCCCGUCAUCACAUUACGAUGGUCGUGAGCGUCAUCAUCAUCAUCAUCAGCAUAGUCAACAUCGUCGUCGUCAUCGCGACAACUGCCAGCAUGCACAGAGCGGAGCCUCGGAUGGACCAGAAUCUCCCACCACGAGGGAUUGCCCUUCCGUGGAGCAACCGACUGCCAUAGCGAUAAACAGUACAAACACACUGAUAGAGCUGAAUUCCGACACACCGUCAUGGGAGAGGAAAAUCGACGAAAUUCCAGAGGACCUCUCAGGCGUUGAGAGUGCACGAUGGCAGAACGCAUGUGCAGAAACUGGCAACACAAAUCGCCCCAACGUUGAUGGCAGAAAGUCGUUGGUUGUUUCCAGCACCAGCCGUAAAACGAUCGAUGUCAGCAGAGACGGCGAAGACCGCGAGGACGAGGGCAACAUUGUUGAUAUUCAGGAUGAGCACGUUCAGCGGGCUGGCAUCACUGGUGGGUCAAGUGCCGUUCGGCUGGGCCGAACCAAGCACGAAUGCUGUGUGGAGCCUUCAGGAAUCGAUGAAACGGAUUCGAGCCAGUGUAGUCUGCAGCCAAUUGCCAAAGAAGCAGAAAAUGUUGUAACAUCAGUACCUACUGGUAUUGAACAGCUGGAAUUUGGGCCAAAAAAUCCUCCAGAUUCGCAUCAGUUGUGCGAAAAAUCGAUUCAAGUUCCGUCGCCAUCCCAUCGAACGGUGAAUAGUGUAAAAUCCAGUGGUCGACGUGUUGGGAAAGAGGUUCACUUUGACCAACAGGAUAACUGCUACCAGAAAAGCUCGGACAGUGAGAGUGAAAAUUAUUAUGGCACUGGUUCUCCGCCCCCACCUCCACUGGUGACACCCAACGGAGUAUCACCAUCGUAUGGCCUAAAUGUGGAAGUUACCCUCAAUGCUCAUAUCAGUGUUCAUGGAUUAAGUGAUUUUGGUUUUUUCUCCGCUGGUGACAGAUCUGGUCCAGGCGGACCUUCCCCAACGGACGAAAAGAUCCUAAAGGACUGCGCCACUAAUACCACCAACAGAAACAACAACAGCAACGUUGCCCCAUCCAGUGCGGACAGUGGAAUCAUUAUUAUCGACGAUGAUGUCGAAGAUAGUGGUGGUGAAAGUGGAAGUGCUACUGCUACUGUCGAGUCCCAAAUCUGUGAGCCUCUGCUAGUGCUAGACGAUAGCCACGAGAAGAAAUCUGCGGGACAGUGUCGCGACCAGGAUACUCAAACCUUUAUCGGCAAUUUUGUGCAGCCCAAAAGUACCAGUGAAAUCAGUGUGCAAGUGUGCGAAAAUGGCGAUUCUGACCUACGAAAUUUCGACAGUCUCGAUUCAAGUGUGAGCGAAUCGGCAAUAGACGAGCGGAAGGAUCUGCGUUUCCUGACGAAAAACACUGAACAAUAUUUACGACCCCCGUUGAAAUUCCUCAACGAGAAGCACGAGUGUUUCGAGGCAAGCAAUCGUUUGAAACGUCUGGAGGAACGUUUUCGUGGAUUUGCAUACACGAAAAAGUUAUUACGUGAAUCGUUAACCUCAUCCGCUGCGGGACCAGCACAGAAUUUAUCAUCCUCGUUGAGCUCACUGUCGACGCUGUUGGCAACCAAUACAAACGCAGCAUCCGUACCGUCGUCAGUGCCAGCAUCAUCAACCCCGUCACUGACAGCUGCUGCCAGAGCAGAGCAGGAGCAGGAGGAAAAUUAUUAUUCUGGCCGCAGUUUUGUGCCAUCACGGAAGACAUCGUCCCUAAACUGUCUGCCAAAGGAUAAUCCCCAGCUGAGCCAGCGGUCUAAACCAAAAGUUCCCCUUUUGCCACCGCUAUCCUCAUCAUUAUUGUCACUCUCGGCAUCGUCCCUACUUUCCCUUUCCUGUAUCGAUCUCGAACGAAAACAACGACAGCAGCAGCAGCAGCUCAAAGCCCAUCCAGAUUACAACCAUUUUGUCAACGACGACGACGACGACGAAAACAAUUAUCUGCCAUCUUCUGAUCCGACCAACGAUCCGGGGACAGCAGCUCUAUUCAAAGCGACAUCGCUGCCAUCUCUGCUUCCCCAGUAUCUUUUCCCAGCACCUCCUCCGCCUUCGCGAGCGCCACCAAGACCGCCGCGUGCACAGGAAGUACCUCGGGAGACCCGUAAAUCAUUUGCACCAUUAUUCUCGUCUGCGACGAGAACGAACACAAAAGAAUCGUCUCUCCCUGGGGAUCGCAAUGGCACUAAUGAAUCUGCUGGUUGUCCCCCAAAGUUUGUCCCUUCUUUGCCGCUGAAACAUCCUAUUCUCGCGGUCGAACAGUACCGGCCCAGUUUGGGAACGCCGGAAUCGAGUGUUGAAUCGGAAGAGAUCUGUACCAUCUUCCCGGGGGGUAAGCCACGGAUCGAAGAUCCGCUCGAAGUAGUGGAAACAGUGUAUCGUGUGUCCGAGGAGGACGAAGACGAAAUCGUUGAAUUAGGUGAAGAAGUAGAGGAAGAGGAAGAGUUUGGUGCUCAGCACAGUGAAAGUGAAGAAAAUCAAGAAUUUUUUAACCUAGAGAAGCUCCUAGCGGCUGAUCCGUACACCAACUGUGAGUUCGACACCCGGCACCUGAGCGAGUACGAACCGACGGUCUACCAGAUCAGGUACUGCUAUGACGAGCUCGAGGAGGAGCUAGAAAACGAAACCGGAAGUGUCGGUGGUCUGCUGAUCGGUGGCGAUUGUGAGCGGGCCAGUGUCAGUGUUAGUGACGAAAACGGUUGCGAGUGUGUGAUCGAGGCGGUUCCGAUUUAUCGCACGCUGCCGCUCGAUAUGCGCGAAACGACGGGCACCCUGCGGGGGUUGCUGAAGAAACCGAACCGGCCGCCACCGGUGCGCAAGAAUCGGGUCGUGUUCGACGAGACGCGCAAUGAGUUCUUCGAGGCCGACUACAUCAUCCUGAUCCGGGAGGACUGCCCGUACGACGAGGAGGACGAGGAGCCGUGCACCUGCGGCGAACACGAGCUCGUUCGAAUAUGUUGUGACGAAGGCUGCAACUGCGGCUACACGGACGACGGACGGACGCCACCGAGUCCCAAAUUUGCUCCACCCAUAGAGUUUGUCGAUCAGGCCACGCUGAGCCCUCCCGAGGGCUACAAGGACGGCAGUGGGCUGUUGGACAAUGCGCUCGGCGGCGCCCUCGGUGGGCAUGUCUUCGGUGCACAACAUAUUCAGCAGCUUCAAGUUAUCCAGCGGCUACAGCAGCAACGGGCGGCCAUGUUGGCCGCCCGGGCUGCUGCUGGCCAGCAGGGACAACAAACGGGCAGCACUCAGACCUCCCAAGCCGGCACGGGUGGUGGUGGUGGCGGUGUAGGUGGCGGCGGUACUGCUGUUGUCGCUGGUAGUACCGGUUCCGGUACUGGCAUAGCAGGACAAACUCAGCCGCAACAGCAACAGCAGCAGCAGACUGUUUGUACCGAAUGUGCCGAAUGUGCGGAAUGUGCUGCCAAGCAGUUGCACGAUGAAGAAUGCGACUCGCAAUGUUCGGACGACAUUUCGCCGAUGAUGGAAGCCCCGCUGCCCCCGCAUGCCACCCUCCCGAUCGCCCUGGUGCCGCUCCAGAAAUCCUCCCCGGAACGGAGGAUCACCCAGAAGGAGAUCAUCGCCGGCGAGGAACGGCCUAAAUUCCUUACCAUCAAACAGGUACAGGAUGCCUCACAAGUGACAUCGAGUAAUGAGCCAGGUUCGACGGCGGUACCCACUUCGACCGCUGGCGGCAAUCUCAGCAACAGCAACAACGAUCUUCGCACCCUGCAGCAGAAGCAGCUGCUCCAACAGUUGCACCUGCAGAAGCAGCAAAGUCAAGCCGGUGCGGCGACCGGAACCGGACAGCCGCCCGGCGUCGGGACGGAAACCAUCCAACAGCCUUCGAGUGGGACGCUCGUGAACAGUCAUUACGAGCUGGUAGGGAAGCAUAAGCCACUGAGUACGGCACAGGCAAUCAGUGGCAUUCUGAAGGGUGGAAAGCUGUGGAAAAACGAACAACAGCAGCAACAGCAGCAGCAUCACCAGCACACCCAACAGCAUCUCCAUCUGCACCAACAGCAGCAGCAGUCAUCGACGCAGCAUGACGACUCAACCAACGUAACGUCCGACGAGGAAACUAGCUCGAAACGGUCGGUCCGAUUCACCGAAGAAUCAACCAUUCGGGAUGCGUGCUGCGACGGAGAGGUCCAAUCCGGUCUCGGUGAGGGGGAACUGGGCGCAGGCAAGCCCAUCAACUACAUGUCCGACACAUUGAAGCGACAUUCGUCCAGUCUGUUCCACAAUGCACUCCGGCCGAAUUCCGCCGUCCGGCAGUUGUUUCCCAGCGCGGCGAUCAACCCGCUGCACUCGUCUGCGAGUGGGGCAACGGUGACAACCGUAGCGACCACAACUACCAUGGCAACGGGGACGAUGCUGGCAGCGGUUAAUACGUCCAGCGCAAGCCCUGCCGGCAAUCCAACGGCACUAACUCAGGAGGCGCUGAAGGCGUUCGAUGACUCGAAAAAGCCAGCUCUGGUUCACCAGCACAGUACCACCAGCAAUAGCAGUAACAGCAACGUCAACACCAGCAACUCGUCUGGGGUGGCAGGUGGCAGCCCGGGUGGAACGUGUGGCGGAGCGGAAACCGAUACCAUUCGGCGGACGAUCGAACGGAAUGCCCUUCGCCGGUCGCUUAUCAAGUAUGAACCCAAGAAAAAGAUCCCCGUUCGGGAUGUCACCUCGCUGGAGGAGCGCAUCCGGCAGUUGACAUGCGACAUCGAUGAUCCAAUCGACGAAGACGGCCAGGGUCACGACGGUGAUCUGAACGAAAUGGAAAGGCGAGACAGUCCGGCCGGAGAGGAGAACCCGCAGCAGCCCAAGUACAUCCCGGACAAGAGUUUCUCGCCGAGCUCGUCGGCGUCAAGUUCUUCCAGUGGAUCCAAUGGUUCCACCUAUAAAAAGAUCACCGAUCUGUUCCACCGCGAUCGACGGCAGGAGAAGAUUCCGGAAGCGGACGAGAGCCCGAUCGUGAUAAUUCCGCAGGUUUAUGGUGAUUAUUUGCAGGACUGUCGCUGCCCGGCAGGGCCAGAUAUCGGAAUGGGAGUUCAAAUUCAGGGCGGCCAUACACAAAUCCACCAGCCACCACAGCAACGCCAGGCGGACUCACGAAGACAGUUCCUCUCUACGCUUGCUCCUCUGACGGCAUGCGUUGCUGGUCAACGCGAUGAUCUGUCGUACUACACUCUCGCUCAACCCGGAGAUAGAAAUUCCUUGGGAAGCUCACAAUGUACUGAGUACAGUUUGGGAGACAUUGACGCUGCACUGCACGAUGAUGACGGCAAGAAGGUGGCACCGGAUGUAAUUGCCGGAACACCCGGACAGGAAUCGGAUGAAUUGGCAGCAUUUGUGCAGCAGGAAGGAGCGCGUACGGAACGACUGAAGAAGCGCUACAGCGCGGAAACAUCCACUUCGGCUCCGGCGUCCGGAGCUGGAUCCGACGAUGAUGAACACAACGAUUAUGGAUUCAACUCAAGGCCAUCGGUGAGAGGCAUCAAGCCGCGAUUUGGAUCAACGAACGAAAUACUGCAGCAGAUGCAGGCUCAACUGGCAGCUCCGUCUCCACCUCAGUCAAAAUCUCAAACCAGCACUGCUCCUGCUCAACCAAUCCAGUCAAACACUUUUCCACGACCUCACACGGCAAGUAGUUUGCAGCUAGCCGCAGCUAAGCAGCAAAUCACAACCCAUCAACAUACAGCCUCCUGGAGCUACUACCCAGUGGAGAAUGCACAAACCAAGACGGUGGCAGCUGUUGCGACUGCUUCGGGUACCGGAGCCAACAUGGUCGCCGCGGUUGACCCCCAUGGAAACUAUUAUCACAUCCCGGCUCAAGCACGCCACAGCUACCAUGGUCAGGAAGCCAUCUACCAGAACUGUGCUCAGCUGCCGGCCGGCAACAUUCAGGCUAACACGGUUCACGUGCAAUCUCAGCAGAUCCACACCCAACAUCACGCCGUCCACACGGCUCACCACAUACACCAAGCGGCAGAUCCAGCAACCUAUGGAAAGUUUGCACGAAGUCCAACUCGAAGACCGGAAUCUCCGCCUCCGCUGAGAAACUAUCACCAGACGAUGGUGCUCAUUCCGUAUAACGCUGAGACGUACCAACGGUACACGGCCCAGGAACAGGAGAAUUACCGACGGCAGCAUAACAUUGUUGAGUAUCAGCAGGUCACCCAGCAAACGAUUCGUGUUCCUGUAGGCUAUCCACUACCGGGAAUGCAGCUGCAUGUUGUCGCUGGUAGAGGUACCCUUCCUCCUCACUAUUCCACAUUGCCACGGUUAGGCUCAAGCUCAAACGCCGGUACAACCGCAGCUGCGGCCGUUACUGGACCCAACGCUCCACAGGGUAAACCACCAGCCUACACGCAAUACCCGGUGGAUAAGGGUGGCGUAAAAUUUUCUGAACGAGGAGCUCCCGAGGGAGCCGCUAGUGUUCAGCCAACGGAUGCCAACACCCUGCUAUCUCCCACUACUCAAGGUCACGGGCCACCAACAGCUCCGACAUCGGCCGCUAGUGUAAUGCCUGCCGGUGGAGCACCGAACGGGGCGAGUUCUGCCACCCAAAGCCAGGGAGCUGUGUUCUAUGCCAUGAAUGUCUGACACGGCGAUUAGAUGCGUGUCACGUUUCGAAUUGAGCAGCACCAGGUGGCCACUAGCGAUGGCACACAUCAUCAGGAGGGAGGUAGCUUUACUACUAGUAAGAAUAACAACAAUAAUCUUAGACUAGCGGAAAGGACAGUACUAGAAAGCGGCGGUUUGAAGUGAUGUUCGGGGGCACUGGAUGCUGAGGCUAGGACCGAAUGUCAUGCGUCUCUAGGCUGAUCAUGCGAUGGACUGCUGUUAAUAUUUGGUUUUGCUUUGCGAUAAUCUAGUGAAUGUUUUGUGAAAUGACUGACGUUUAAUCUGUCAACAGUGAAAGUUUGAUUGAGGCGCAUGAAAUUCUAGUGAAACCUUAAUUGGUAUUGCGGACAGUCUUGAGAUACGGCGGGACCUUAGCAAUGACACAACGAUUUUGGUUAGGCAACUCAAGGCAAUGCUCAAACUCCAAAGCUUCCUUGUACUUUAUUGUAAAAUCUGUGUACGGUAUCACAAGGAGAGAUACAAUGCUGUUAAACCAAAAAAACGUAAUCAAACCAUAUUUCUUUGGAAAUGAAAGAUUUAGUUAGUGUACAUAAAGGAUGAAAAAGAUACCAAAUUUCAAAAUAAUAACUCACAAGUCACAAGUUUCUCUCACGGAUGCACUUUCUAGUUUAUCAAAUUGGUGACAAAAGGAUCUAUCGAGCUGGAAAGGUUGUUUUUUUCCGAUACUUAGGUUAGUAGUGUUGUAAUUAUCUCAUUCGAAGAAUUGAACUCAAAACUAGUGCGUUCUGUAAACGUCUGCGCUUUCGAAAAAAAAACUGUUACUAAUUCCUAUAUGUGCUCCAUUCUAGUUAUCAAUCAUUUAUGAGCUAAUGUUACAGAAACGGAAUAUUUGAUGCUAGCAGUUGGUUUUGCUCACUUGAAAUCGGUAGCUAAAUUACCAAAAAAAAAGGAUAAUUGGUUAUGUGAUCAGUGACUAAAGUAACUGGAAAGGGAGACGAAGCGGACACAGUCAACUGUAAUGUGUAUUUAUUAAACGUUGGAAAAGUGUCUCUUCGUGAUCGCAUCAUCCAUUAUCUUCCAAAGAUGCUCUAUAGGAAUUUGCGUUUCGACUUUAUCUCAUCAGAAUCCGAUACUAACUUAGUGACAGGACUAAGCUGGCGCCGGAUUGACGCUAGCUUCUUCCUUACACGGGACAUCAUGCUUGACUAGAGAUUUGCUCAUCUCCGUUUUAUGAGCUAGUUUCACUCCGGCGCUAGCUUAGUGUUGUCACUCGCUACGUUAGUGUUGGAUGAUUCUAAUAAGACGAAGUCGAAACGCAAAUUCCAUAACAUUUUCUUAUAGCUUUUGUGCCCUUAACGCACAAAUGUGGUUUUUAACAAUCUUCUCCUUGGUGGAGAAAAAUUGGUUCGUUACCCAAUUUUUUCUAUACUAAGGAGAAAUAUAGCGUAGUGUUCGACAGGGUUUAUGUGUACAAUGUGGGAGGCGUUUUUAGCCGUUUGAGGAAUUGUUCAAAAGCCUGUUUAGUAUUUUGGGCUGUAUGGUUGAGAUCACUAUCAUUCUGAAAAACGGAUGUUUCUUGUAAGUCCAACUUCUCAGCACUGGUACUCAUGUUUUUUUAUUAGGUGGAAAUAUAUUUUAUGAUCCAUAAUCCCUUAAAUCAAAUGUAUUCGGUUAUGCCAUGCCCUAAAGAGUUUUCAUUCUAUUGUUAAUUCGUUUACAAACCGGCGCCAGUAACUUAGUUUUUUCAUCAAUCUUUUCAUUUGCGUUUCUAGCGUCUAGCAGUGGCGGCGCUAAGGGGGGGGGGGGCGAAGGGGGUAGCCGCCCCGAGCGGCAAAAUUUGGGAGCGGCAUAUGCCGCUCAACAUAAUUUAAUUAUUUAUUAGUGAUUAUCAUUGUUCUUUAAUCGCGAUAAACGUUAGGCGCGUGUGAAACGUUUGAAUUCAUAUUGCUUUGGCGCCUGUAGAAGAUUAAAAGUGUUAACGAUCAGAAGUACGACGCAUCCGACGGAAGAACACAAUAUAUAUUUGAACCUGAACCUCAAACGUAACGAUUUUAGCAAAUGCAAGCGGAAAUUGUUUUAAAAAAUUCCAUUAUCAAAACUUAACUAUUUUUGAGAAAAAAACCUCUGUAAUGGCCUGAAGUUAACAAAGGAAGAAUUAAGGUAAAAGUGCAGUUUAUGUCUCACAAAUAAGGAACCAGAAGAAUUGGGUUCUUACUACUGUAAUUGAAAGUAAAUUUGAUGUUAUUUUUUUUAUUAUGUUUAUAUUAACACUAUUAAUUGUGGCAAAUAUAUCCCACACUUUUCAAACUUUUGGGAAUUUCCAACACUUACAGUUGCAAUUAGUUUUUGGAAAAUCUUGGCACUAACCCCUUUAAAUCUUUUGUUACCAACCGUGCCAAUCAUGCCCUUUGCUGAAUCAAUAUGUCGUCUCUAGCUCACUCCUUUCAUUGCCGUUUGUCGCUAGCCUCGUAGAGCACGAGGACUCCUCAGGUUCUCUUCAUCUCAGUCGACCCACCUUGCUCGUUGUGGCUACUUUUGCAAGUCGGAUUAGUUUCGGGAAUUAUUUUUACCGGGUUGUCGUCCGCGACUUUAACGACGUGCCCAAGUCACCACAGCCUCAUAUAUUUUGCUGUGUGAACGAUGGAUUGUAUAGUCCCAGAGCCACAGCGUGAUCUUCUGAUGCCCUUGGCGGAGUCUCAGUUUUGUGCCCUGAACACCACUUUGACUUUCUUUUUUGGUUCGCAUUUCGAACAAUAAUUGAGUGUGUAAUUAAAAAUGGCACACUUAUCGUGACUUACUUUAUGACUUAUCUGCACUUAGAUUAUAAAGUAAAUUAAGAUAUCGAAGUAUGUAGACUUUUAAAAAAGGACUAUAACUAUUUUUUAGAAAAUCCUUCGAAAGUGACGCGGAAAAUCGAAAUCAUCAAUAUAGAGUACCAUAGAUAUAGAUAUAGAUAAAGAUCACUAAAGUUUGAAGACAUUUUAAAAAUAAUUUCAUAUUUGUUUUUCGGGGUUAGGUGCUUGAUGUCGAAUACUGGAGUAUUUUUUGAGUAGACUUUAUGACGGACUGCCAGCAUCUAAAUGUCGGUUUACAUAGUUGAGAACGGAGGUGUUGUUACCGUUUUGAGUAGGUGAUGCGUGUGGUGAAGUGGUUGGUUGUUUCAAGGACUGCUUUUUCCAGUGAGUGAAGAUAUUGAAUGACAAUCGCACAGGACGGGACAAACUUGUAUGCCCCCUUAAACUCCUAUCGGGUGAACUAUAGCAGUAUUGCUGUGUCGGACUUGUUAUUCAAAAUGGUUCGUACCGCGCGUCAUGUUUAGCGCUACAUAAAAGCAAAUAGGCCAUUGUAGUAAUAAAACCGCGAGUGGCAAGUGCGCAAAGAAUCAAAAUCCAUUCAAAGUCGCUCUAAGCACUUUUUACAGAAAUACUAGAGAGCUAUACCUCAUCACGACAAAUUGUUAUGUUCUAUUGGCUCAGGAAGAGUAUGACUCUGACGAUCCCCAUCGUGAGGCAUCUGUUACUUCUCCUAAAAACUGUAAUCGAACCAGCUGUAGUUACAGCUCCUGGUCUUGGAAAUUUGAGAUCAAGGCCAAAAAUAGGGUUAUCUUCUCGCUGAUAAAGGAUGUAACUUUCUUCAUGAUUUUUGCUACAAUUUUAGGAGGUGGCCUGCUUACAGCCCAUGAUCAAAAAUUUGUCCCCUUUUAUUUUUGCUAUGUAACUAUGAAAACGAGCGUCAAGUUUGUAACACUUUCGCUAUUUCCAGUUGGAAGUCGUUGCAGUUCGCUAUUUAAACUUCUAUAAACUUUAGAUUUGAGAUCAACGCUAUUUAUUGUGAAUGAAUCUGAAUGGGACUGAUAGGGCCGCAGCGUACUCUUUUGAUACUUUUGGUAAAAUUUCAGUUUAGUGUCCCUUUUUCAAUUCGACUCACCAACAAUAAAUUAGCGUGCAUAGCACAUUUACCCUACUUAUUUAAAUAUUUAUCCUUACUUAUUUUAUACAGCAAAUUUCAGUGUCCCUCUAAGUUCGGCGCCCUAGGCGGGGGUCAACCUGCCGGAAUACAUCUCCGAAUUUUUCUGCUGGUGUGCUCAUCGGAGGUCACCAUGCUCAGCAUACAAUCCUCCGGAAAAAUCUUUUAGACCAACCAGUGGUGUGCUCUACCCAAUUACUUGCUCUGUCACAUGGCAGUUGAUCUUUUUUUUAACAAAAGCACUGUUUUGAGCGACUUAGUGGAAUGUUAUAUUAAACACUUUAACCGUUGUCUUCCGUUUUAAUUCCGGAAUUAAAACGGAAGACAACGGUUAAAGUGUUUAGUUGAUCUUUAUUAUUCUUCAACCGUAUGAUUUACUUCUGGUCCUCAACUAAAUUCGGUGUUGGGAAUCUGUCGACAGCUGUGCGUCCACGGGUUGAAUAACGCACUACUGUCAUCGUCUACUGAUUCGCCAUUUAGAUGUUUGUCAUAAUACUGCUUCCACCUAUCUCCCGUGACACAUAGGCUUCGCGAUAACGAUUCGCUAUCUCGUAAACAUCCUUGUCUUAUUAUCGUCGUAUAGCUUCAUCACCUCGUUAUCUGGAUCUACCGUUUUUUCUGAUCCCUGCUUGUCUCUAUCGGUUCUCGUUCACCCUCGUACGGUGCUGCAUCAUUCUCGCCUCUGCCGUAUUCUCUUCUUCAUCUCAGUAGUGCUACCGGUUGUGCUUCAUAAGUUGCUCCAGUUCUUCAAGAGUAGUCACGCCGACCUAUUCUUCCGUCGGUAGUGCCGUCUCCAACUUCUGUACGUAUUUCCGCAGCGCGACCGUAGUUGCUACAUGUUGAGUCCCGGCGUCCAUGCUCACGAGUGUUGUACUAACAUUUCUGAGGCUGCGAAGAUCACGUAUCGUUGGCCGUUGUCGUAAUGGAGUGCAGACUGUUCAGUUCAUUCAUCGGUUUGUACCUGCUGCCCUAUCUGGGUGUUCAUGUCGCCGUAAAUCAGCUUAACAUCCCAUUGUGAGCAGCUGUCGUAGAAACGCUCCAGCUCCGCCUAAAAUGCAUCUUUGUCGUUCACUGGUCUCGCUUUGUGUGGGCAGUGGACGUUGAUGAUACUGUAGUUGAAGAAACGGGCUUUUGCUUCUCACUACACUCAUUCUCUCGCUGUUACUUGAUCAAGCGUGAGCCAAUCUUGUCCAGCACUAUAAAACCCAGCUCGUUGCUCAGUUAGAAUGUGGCUGCUCGAUGCCCGCUUUUUUACAACUUGUGUCCUGCCGAGCAAAGUUUCUGCAAUGCUGCGACUCCGAAGUUGCGAGUUUGCAGCUCGUCGUGCAGAAUUCGGUCGAUCCCCUGGAAGCCAAGCGACUUACAGUUCCAAAUUUCCAAUAGCACUAUUUUUUUCGUAGCAUGACUUUACUGAUCCGAUCCGUACGCAAAGCUGUGUUUUCGGACGGCUUAUUACACCUGCACAAACCUCCUAUCUGGUCGGAGGCUUCUCAUUUCGCUACAGAAGGUGACGAUAGCCCACAGAUUAUCCACUGUGUGUCCAACAAAAAGAAAACAGGCUGACAGGGUACCCGAAAAUUCAAAAGCUAUUUCAAUUUUUAAUCGAUUUAGAACACUUUUAGACGUUUUGAAUUCAGGAAUUCAUCCAUUUUUAGAAUCAGUGUAAUUGAACCCGACGAAUACAUCUGGUUCCCGCUUAUCCGAAUUCCCGGAAGGAUAUACCAGUACGGAACGGUCACUCACGACCUUGCUUGUACCUGCUCCGAAAAGAGCGUUCCGGGGUCAAUUAUAUUAUUAUACAUUUAAUAUCCCAUUAUUGGAACUUACCUCCAGAAGUCCGAAUAAUCGUGAACCAGAUGCAUUUUUACAGAUUCUAAAACUGGUUGAGUUCUGGAAUUCAAAACAUCCAAAUGUGUAUAUAUUGGAGAAAAAAUGCCAUAGUACAAGUAUUUCGGCUUCGGGGGUACUCGGGUACCCUGCCCGGCUGUUACGGGUUAAAUAAAUCCAAAAUUCCCUUCCUCCAACCCCGAUCAUUGUUUCAUUAGUUUUGUCCCACAAAAGCAAUGCUUGGUAUUAUUCUAAGAUGUCACUAAGUUGCAAUUUCCAGUUUGGGAAAGAGUACUGGAGUUUCAUGAAUUAAAAUCUGCAAAGGAGUACGCUGUUGGACACAUAACGGUUAAGUGCAACCUUGUGAAAAGAGUUGUAACCUCACUUUGCUCACCGUGAUUAAUACGCAACGCUGCCGCAAAACUACUUGGUAAAGUUUGAAUACGUUUUAUUCUGUUGAUUCCAAAUGGAUAAAAGAGUGUAUUCAUUUCAUUAUUGAAAGUUUAAUAAAAAAAAAUCGUUUUAGGUGCAAUAUAUGCACCACCGCGGGAAACUCUAUUAAUGAGAUAGUUUGGUUAGUCAGAACUAUGUAAGGGGGCAGCAAAUUUAACUCUUAGCCCCGAGUGGCAAAAAGCCUAGCGCCGCCACUGGCGUCUAGGGUUCGUCGCGGUUGCGGUAAUUACCGCAACCGCGCGGUAUUUACCGCAUCCGCACCGCAGAAACUGCGGUGCGGUGAGACACUUUUUCCCGCGGAUGCGGUGUGGGAAAUGAGCUUUUACCGCGCGGUAUUACCGCAACCGCACUUCAAAAAAUAAUUGAUAAAGUCUGCAGUCUGUAUUAAAAAGUUUCUAUUCUAUUCUAACCCUUACACAGCCAGUAUUAAAAAUAUCCUGGAAAACACUGCAGUUAUUCUGAAGUCUUUUUCUUGUCAACAUUAGUAUUUGAAGCAUAUUUUCACAUGUCGCAAAUAUUAAAACGGCCAGGCCUACCGUGCAGAGUUGAGUUUGAAGAUGUUUCAAAAUUAGACGGCAAUUAAAUUAUUCAUUAAGUGAAUAAUUUAAUUAACGAAUUGUUUUGAAUCUUAAAGCAGAAAGAAACGAGGACAACCGUACCGAUCGUUUCAAUUUAAAGGGGAUAUAAUAAAUGACUCGUUGGGAGUGACUCGGCUAAGAAAGUUAAUGUCACUCCUUUGGUCCUUUGAGAUGGGACAGAGGUAUUUACACCUUGCCCUGGCUAAUAAGCCUAGGUUAAAGCGCCUGUACUCGCUACAAACCUUUUUUCCAUUACAUAGCUUUGUUAAUACUUUCUAGUAUUGACGAAAAUAUAGAACGUCACUAAAGAUCACUCUGCAAAUAGGAAGGCAGGCAUUGAAGUAUCAAACUGUUCAAUGUCGAACGAAUGCCGAUGGCAAAGUCGAGGGUUCUGUUGGUAGAGUACAGCCACAGUGGCUCAAUGUAAGUGGGUGGUUCGUUGAAAGAUUGUAAAAGUGUUAAAUAGGCACACAUUGAAAUGGACUCAAAGAAGCUCUUUCAGUGGAUGAAAAAAUUCUCCAGCACUUGACUGAAGUUGUAAUUGUUUCAAUUUUUGAACACUAUUUCAAUUAAACGGAAUAGUUUAGAUGGAAGUACCCUGGAAAUCUAUUAGAAGUUUAAGGAUAGGUUGAAUUCUUAGUUGUGAAAUUAGUUAGUGCUCUACUGUGAUGUGAUUUGAUCGAACAGAAUUUUUUUUAAAAGGCAAUAUACGGGUAAUUCAGGGUAAUACUGGUGGGGAUGUUCAUUGUAUACCCGCUCAAAAAGAUAGGGAAACCCAGGGCCCGCAAAGCGUGGGUAGUAUUGGUAGUACUACCCACUCGAAAAUAACCGAGUGGAUAAUUACCCAUUAGAACCAUUUCAAAAAAUUUAGAUGUGCCACACAUGUAUCUCGCACUACACACAUUUGAAAACAUCGAUAUACCACAAUUCCGGUUGCAUAAACGAACUUACUAAUGGACCCCUCACCCUAUGCUUUCUACCCACUCGGGCGUAAAGUGUUUCGCCGCCCCUGGGGAAACCCAUGAGAUCCUCACUGGCAUUAUGGAUAUUAGAGCCUUUACAUAGGUAACGAAUGUAUGUUAAGUAUCUCAGUUGAUUAAUGCAACAUUAACUCUCCGGAAGUCGCGCAAAUUGCACACUGAACGAGCAGCCGCUGGUGCGCUAAGACGAUUUCGCUAAAUUUUCAGAGAAGCAUUCACUCAGUGCUCCCGCGCGGCUUCUGGAAGGUUAA